CACCGGCUGGCUGAUAGGAGGGUUGGAGUGAAUGACGCUGGCUGCGCCUUGAUGCUGAGCGGAGCGCUCACCUGCAGACCAGAGGAGCCGGCCGGGGAAAAGUCGGGACAGAGCUGCUGCAGACAAAACGCAGGGUGGGCCGGAGCCAACAGUCUGACCAAAGUGGGAGAGGAAAUUAAUCAGUCGUCGGAGAAGAACCACGGAGUGACCCUCUUUCUUAUCUCUCCGGUUCCUUGUUAAGGCAGCUUUGACUCGCUUCCAGUCGCCGCAAUGAGAGCUGACUUCGCAGUGGUCCUUACAGCAGCUCUGCUUUUUGACAUAUUUAUGAGGAAUAAUGGAGAGCGUGCCUCCGAAGGUCCCUGUCAACCUGGCUUCUCGCAAAGCUUCUACUCCUUAGAGAUAUCGAGGGAUGUACUGCAAGGCCAUGGCAUAGUUAAAGGAACCACAGUAUCUUCACAAAAAGUGAAAUUUGAUGACUGCAUGGGGAAUGAGGCCGUGGUUUUCCAGAGCAGCGACCCCGUCUUCAGCGUGCGGACAGAUGGAUCCAUCUUUGCCAAGGGAGAGGGAGCUAGCCUGGAUGAGCCGGUUCAGUUUAAAGUGACAGCGCAUGGUUCUCACAGAAAUGUCUGGGAUACUGUGGUUCAGCUGGCACCAACUGACCUGUUCUCAGCAGGACAAAAUCAAAAUAAGGUCACAGAGGAAGAAGGGGACAUCAGUGAGAAAAACAAGAAGAAGGAUACGUUCCAGGCGCCACAUCCUGUUAUAACGUUCCCAGAGUCCCACUUCCACAGCACCAAGGGUCUCCGAAGGCAGAAGAGAGACUGGGUGAUCCCACCCAUCAAUGUGGCAGAAAAUUCACGUGGACCAUUCCCUCAGAUGCUCGUCAGUAUUCGUUCAGACCAGGAUCAGGACAUCUCAAUUCGAUACAGCAUCACUGGAGUGGGAGCAGAUCAACCGCCCAACGAGGUGUUCAGUAUUGACCCUGUGCUUGGAAAGAUGUUUGUCACCAAACCUCUGGAUCGAGAGCAUCGAUCUUCUUAUCAUCUGCGAGCCCAUGCUGUGGACAUGAAUGGGAACCAGGUGGAGAACCCUAUUGAUCUCUACAUAUUUGUUAUUGACAUGAACGACAACAGACCCGAGUUCAAAAACCAGGUUUACAAUGGAUCUGUGGAUGAAGGUUCUAAGCCAGGAACUUACGUGAUGCACCUGUCUGCCUUUGAUGCUGAUGACAACACCACAGCCAAUGGAAUGGUUCGGUAUCGGAUCCUAUCCCAGACACCCCAUAGCCCGAUCCCCAACAUGUUCACCAUCAACAGUGAGACAGGGGACAUAAUGACGGUAGCGCCUGGACUGGACAGAGAGAAAGUGUCACAGUACACCAUCAUCGUGGAAGCCAGGGAUAUGGAAGGAAAUCUCAACUUUGGCCUUUCCAACACAGCCACAGCUAUCAUCACUGUCACAGACAUCAAUGACAACCCUCCCAUGCUGACCUCAAGAACCUUCUCAGGUGAGGUCACAGAAAACACAGUGAAUGUGGUGGUGGCAAAUCUGACUGUUCUAGAUGGCGACCAGCCUCACUCACCUAACUGGAACGCCGUGUACAGGAUCAUCAGCGGGGACCCAAUAGGGCACUUCACUAUUCGCACAGACCCUGUUAGCAAUGACGGCCUCGUCUCUGUGGUGAAGCCAGUUGAUUUUGAGAUGAACCGUGCCUUCAUGCUCACGGUGGUGGUGUCUAACCAGGCCCACCUAGCUAGUGGGAUCCAGUCUUCGCUUCAGUCAACCGCUGGUGUCACCAUAUCUGUGAAGGAUGUCAACGAGCCACCUUAUUUCCCCACCAACCCUAAACAGAUCCGAUUCGAGGAAGGUGUUCCCACUGGCACCAGCCUGACCACUUUCUCAGCUUCAGAUCCUGACAGACUCCAGAUGCAACAGAUAAUCAGGUACUCAAAGCUGAAUGACCUCGCAAACUGGCUAUCUAUCAACAGAACCAGCGGUCAGAUAGUAACUACAGGAGUUCUGGACCGGGAGUCUGUCUAUGUAAAGAACAACAUUUAUGAGGCUACUUUUCUGGCUAUAGACAAUGGCUCCCCUGCAGCCAGCGGCACAGGCACGCUGCAGAUUUAUUUGAUAGAUAUUAAUGACAACCCCCCAGUGCUUGUACCAAGGGAGUCUCAGAUCUGCGAAAGGAUGAACAAGAACGUCAAUGGCUUCAACAUCACUGCUGCUGAUGCUGACACAGACCCCAAUGCCGGGCCCUUUGUCUUUGAGCUGCCCAACUUCCCAAGCAGCAUCCGACGCAACUGGACCACUACACGAAUCAGUGGUGAUUAUGCCCGCCUGGCUCUUCGAUACCAAGUUUACUUGGAACCAGGAAUGUAUGAGGUCCCUGUCAUUGUGUCAGACUCGGGCAACCCACCGUUGUCCAACAGGUCCAUUAUCAAAGUGAAGGUGUGUCCCUGCGAUGAAAAUGGAGACUGCACAACACUCGGUGCCGUUGCAGCCGCUGGCCUUGGAACUGGAGCCAUUAUCUCCAUCCUAAUCUGCAUCAUCAUUUUGCUUUGCAUGGUGCUGUUGUUUGUGGUGUGGAUCAAGCGCAGGGAGAAGGAAAGGCAGACAAAGCAGUUGCUGAUUGACCCUGAGGAUGACGUCCGUGACAACAUCCUCAAAUACGAUGAAGAGGGGGGAGGCGAAGAGGAUCAAGACUACGAUUUGAGCCAACUGCAGCAGCCAGACUCUUUAGAACACAUCAUCACCAAGCCGCCGGGCAUACGCAGAGUUGACGAGAGACCCAUUAUCCCAGAGUCACAGUACCCGAUCAGACCAGUUGUUCCCCAUCCUGGAGAUAUUGGGGACUUCAUCCAUGAGGGUCUGCGGGCUGCAGACAAUGACCCCACAGCCCCACCGUAUGAUUCCCUGCUCGUCUUCGACUAUGAGGGCAGUGGCUCCACCGCCGGCUCAGUCAGCUCCCUCAACUCUUCCAGCACAGGAGAUCAGGACUAUGACUACCUCAACGAAUGGGGACCGCGCUUCAAGAAGUUGGCCGACAUGUACGGGGGCGGGGAUGAUUAAUAAAAGAUCUUGGCCCGUCCUGCACAUGCGCACACACACGCACCCUCGACCCAUCAGCUGGCCUGCCAAGCUCUGUCUCCAUAACAGAAUGGGGCAAUUGAACCCUACUUGAACACAAAUUAAGGAUGACAUAUUCAUACGGACCAACCAAACAAUUUAGUAGCCGCAACAGAGGACCAGUGUCGUAAGUCCCUUCCAGGAGCUCUUCUUUACCUGCUCCUGCUCUAAGCCUGUCCAAGACUGUAAUGGAAGCUCUUAUUUGCAGGCUUUGUGUGAGUUUUACUCUCAAACACAUGUACUUCUGUUACACCUUAGUUUUGUUUUUUUGUUGUUGUAGACUUCAGUUACUGUGUUUUAGGUUUCUAUUGCUUUUUCCUGUUCUCAGUCACAUUUAAUUCAGAAAUAACCCUUUCCUGAGAGAUUCCACUUUUCCCUCACUGUAAGCCCCCCCUGCCUGCAUCUUUGAAGGAGCUUUAGGUUUUAGAUAGAUGCUUUAUCUGAGGCAAACAAAAGGGAAAAGAAGGUAACCCAGAUAUGAAGUUGUCUUUUCUUGGAGGGCCCUGAUUCAUUCUUUCCACAACUUGAAUUACUUAGAACAGAAGCACUGUUGUUUAAAAAGUGCCUUCACUGGUGCGUUCUUUUAGCAAACUUCAGCUUACUCAGGAUUGGUUGCCAUUCUCUGGGCUUGCAGGCCCCGACAUGACCCCAGACCCUUUAAUUCAGACCUCCCUUGUUAUUUCUCCUGUCCGGCAGGGCCGUUACAUCUGGAGGAGAUCUCAGUGCUGGUUUCAGAGGAGCAGCGACUGGUUUCAGAGAGCAGUUCAUGUAGACGUACAUAGGCCUACAGUGUGUCUCUGGGUGAUGGACUAAUCAUCAGAUUUUUGGAAAGUCAGACGUACUGUGCUCCUAGAUCACAGUUUGCUGGAAUGUGACUGCUGAAAUCGCAGAAACAGACUGUCUUAGAUGAAAAAAUGCAUUGUGUGUUGGUUACUUGUAGCAACAGCAGCUGUGUUUGUUUUGAGAUACUGAGUGUUUGAGGGACUUGGCUCGUUACUAAAUAUGGCUGACAAGUAAAUGUACUUAUGGAGAUUACUUAAGAGUCUGGCUUUAAGAUCAUCCAACAUUUGUAUAUUAAAUAUUUGGGUCAAAUGUGUUUAAAUUUGAAAAUGAGGAAGGAUAAACAAUCAAUAACAUAUAUUACUAAAGGAACAACACAGAUAUGCAAAUUUGUUUUCUAGCUGUGGGUUGAAUCAUUCACUCCUCUAGCCUUCAAUAUUAUUUUAGUCAGUCCAGUUCCUUUAUCCUUUAACUUUUGAGAUACAAUUUAUGAUUCUAGACAGAGCAACAUAAAUUAGAGGUGCACAGAAAUAGAUUCCAGUUUUAUUUAGUGCUCCUAACUUGUGAGCAGUAGGUCAGAACUCACAAAAAUCUGUCAUUUUAGGUAUAAUUCAACAUUGGUCACAAGUUGGUGGGUCUAACUUGUGAGCACUAGGUUAUUGCAUCCAGUGAAUGCACCAUACAAGUCAUAGAAGUGGCAACACUUAAAUAUGAAAGUUGUUACUGUGGGAAGAAUAUGCAAAGUUAACCUUUUAGUUAGCUAUUUAGAAUUUUGGAUGAA